GGCGUGCGUGAUUGGCUGGCGUGACCUGGCACGUGACUAACGGUCGCGGGAAAGCCGCGGAGUCCGAACGGGCGAGUGUGCUGCUGCUGUGGCAAGAGCCAGAGCUUCGUGGAGGAGCGCGCAGGCGAGGCACGGGUCGCGCGUCGUGUGAACGGGCAUUUCAGCGCAGGGAGGAGGAGGGAGGCGUGGUUUACUCCUGUCAGCGUCCCGUCUGAACAAGGGAAGGCCUCCCGCGGAUCUCGGCCAUGAGUUUCCUGAGUCUGCAGCCGCAACAGCAGCCGGUCGCGGGGCCGCGGCGCCUGGCGGCGCGUCGGGCAGCGGCCCCGAUCCGGCAGAAGCUGCUUUUUUCGGGCGGCGGGAGCGACUGCGAGGAGGAAGAGGAGGAGGAGGAAGACUGCUACGAAGAGGAGGAGGAGGAAGGCGGCAGCGGCAACAGCACCGGGGAAGACUCGGCUUUCCAGGAGGCCGACUCCCCGCUUUCCGUGAGCCAUACCCCGGCUCGGCGCAGGGAGCCGCCGCCGCCGCGCUCGCCCGAGGAGGUGGCGAUGGAACUGGCGCCUCCCGCGCUGCCGGGCGACGAGGGAGACUCGUGGGAAGAGGAGGGCUUCGGCUCCUCGUCCCCCGUGAAAUCGCCCGGAGCCUACUUCAUGGCUGGCUCGCCGCCGCUGAAAGGACCCCGGCGCUGCUGCGGCCGACCGUCGCCGCCGCGCUCCCGGGUGCUGCCGUGCCGGGGCCACCAGGGUCCCGUUUCUGCGCUGCCCGAGUAUCCCGACACCCCGCCCCACAAGACUUUCCGCAAACUGCGCCUCUUCGACACCCCGCACACGCCGAAGGUGAGAGGAGGGGGAAGGACGGGCGGAGGACACUUGCGGGGGGGGGAUCCGGAGGCUCAGUGGCGAGUGCGGGGCUUGGGGGGGGGGAGAGGCUAGCCUGCCCCACCGGCGUGUCGGCUCUGCCGGGGAGUUUCCAUUCAGUCGCUGCCGCCGCUUGGCUCGCUUCCGUCUGAGCACGUGGGCGCUCGAUAGAUCUCCGGGCGGCUCCCUUGGCCGACCACCCCGCGUAGUAUGUACUCCGUGAAACAGGCGUUAGAGGCUGCCUCGCUUUUUUAUUUUCUGAAGCUUGUUGCAGACCGUUUUGGGUGGAUCAGAGCAAAAAUGUUAUUUUCGGGGGAAAGGGAAGACAAUGCAACUAGCGGUGCUCUGAGGAAUAGGUGCCACGCCCCUUUCGCCUUUGUCGGUCCCCCCCCCCCCCGAACUGGCAACUUAGAGAGAAGUGAAUCCGUAUGGUCCGCCCAUGCAGCCUUUUCGCUCGUUUAAAAUUAAGAGCUGCCAUCAGACCGUUCUCCAAAACAUGUUGAAAGUUGUAAUGAGAGACUGUUGGCAAAUGCAAACCAUACUUGGCAGGUGAAGGCCAGUGCUUUGAAAGUGUGGUGUGCCCCCAUGAAAUUUCAGCAGCUGCCUUGGUAUCUAGGUAUAUACCAAAUGCAGCUGGUGAAGCAGGUUAUCGUCAAUAAACAGAGGCAACAUGUUGGUGUAUCUGUGUAUUUUCCCCUUUUUUGCACUGUUUACAUGUGGAUUGCCCUUUUAACAGCAGCCAGCAUUGUAAAGUGCAGAAUACUCCCAACUAAACAAUGGCUGCUGCUUGAUUUCAUUGGUUGGAGAGCCUUUUAAACAUAAAUUCCAUUCAGCUACACUUCAUAAGUUGGUGCCAAAUACUUGAAUAAUUUUUUCCAGUUCCAAGCCUGUACAUUGUGCUUAUUACAUAACAAGCUAGCUUGCCUGUUACAGAAAUAUUGGCAACUUUGGUAAGCCCUGCCCACAGAUUGUCCGUUAAGAUUAUGUAACUGAACUACAAAUUGUGCCUAAAAUAGUUUUUACCCACCUUGCAAGAUGCAGGGCCAGUUUGCCGCAGCUGUUUGUUCCCACACAAGAAAGCUACUCUGGACACUUCUGAGCCCUGAGACUGUCCUUCCAGUUUGCUUAGUGAAAUUGAAAUGUUUACAUUCAGAAGAGCAGUUAAAAAACACCCCUUUACAUUAUGAAAUCAAACUGCUUUUGUAACAGUUGAGAGAGGGAAGAAAACCUUUUCACUAGUUUUUUUUAAACUCCAGCUUUAAAUUUUAAACGUUUUCAUGGAAUGUAAUAAUAUAUAAUAAUAAUAUUUAUUAUUACACCAUUAUUGUCCAUGUAAAAGAAUCUUGAGAGGAAUAGAAGUAUUGGAUAACUGAAUGAAUUGGAAGGCCAUCUGCUUGUUUUAAUGAUACAUGCAUACAUUUUGUUAAAUGUUGUCUCAUAACUGUCUUUGUUAUAGUGGGUGAAUUGUAGGCCAGUGAGUUCUCUGUUCAAAUCUUUGCCUCAAGUAUGAAGCUCACCUGAUGCCUUUGGGCAAGCUACUCAACUGAAUUACUGUGAAGAUAAAGUGAGACAAUGUUUUGCAUUGAACUAAUUUGAGUAUAAUAUAUACAGCGAGGCAUAUAAAUAGAAAAAACAAUACUGUACAUGUGUACUUGGAAGUGCGUUCCAGUAACUUAACUAUUCCCUGGUAAAUGGGCAUAGAAUUGCAGCUUCAGUGACUAAGCUUCUUGAAUAAAAGGAUGGAAUAGUAAUAUAAUAAGUAAAAAAGAGAGUGCUAUAUAGCACUUUGCCAGAUAAACUUGCAGGAUGUUCACAUCAAUGACCUGGGCAUGGCGACAAAUUUCUUAGUUGCUUCCAGUUUAAGUUAUUGCACUGUGCUCUACACAGGGCUUUCUUUGCUCUUGACAUUUAAAUUGAUCCAUAAUGAGAAGUAAGGAUGCUACUAAGUGCUCAUGCAUGCUUAUCUUAAAACAGCUGCAGUUGUUUUCAGUCCAUUUCUACACACAAUUCAAAGUGUUGGUAAUUAAGUUGUUGUGGUCCAGGGAUUUUGGUUGGUGGUGGUGUUGAAUAUCUGUUGUUAUCUCUGCAGUGGAGUCUCUGUCUUCCGCUUCAUAGAGCUCUUGAAUCAGUAUGAAAGAGGAGCUUUUUAGCCACUGAGGAGGAGUCUCCUCACCCUUUGUGCUGAUUGGAGCCAUAGGGAAAGAAAGGAGGUGAGUCAGCCACUGAGGAUCGGCUCCUAGGUCACUCUGGAGAAGAACACCAAUGAGUUGGAAUUGUUCUGUAUGCUCCAGAGCUAAGCACUGAGGAACACUGAAAACACAAGGGGCUUCUGUUUCAAGAGAAAUGUGUGCAAGGUCUGUUACAUACAAUGGAAUGUCAUGGGAAAAACAACUUAAGUUGCUCCAAAAGAAGAUAUUAGAGCACUCAAAUUAGUUGCCCCUGCAUUGCAGGGGCUGGACUAGAUGCUCCACAGGGUCCAUUCCAACUCUACAAUGCUAUGAUUCUAAGUUUAAAACCCUAAAUGGUGCAGCCCAUGGAACACAGGGCUUUUCCCUUCUGUGCCAUUAUGUUUAUUCCCUAAGAUCAUGGAGAGGUUAUUAUUCAUGUUUUGGUGUCUGGUUGGGAUGUAGGAGAAGAUGGGGUUUUUGGUAAGAUUUUUUUUUAAAAAGAAACUUCGUAAAAUUGCUCUUGAGUGUUGCCAAUCAAUGCACUGAAUGAGCAGAAUGCCAGUAUUGUAGAUAAAUAAAAUUUCAUACGUGAAGCUGAAUUUAUUGUGUCUCCAAAAAUAUUUUGGCUUUGAGGGAAUCUGGGUUUUCUAACUUUAGAAUCAGGAUGCAAGUAAGUAGUAAUUGUCUUAGCAGCAUGGGGUGGAACCAGGGAGCCACCCUCCUGCCACCACCAUUGCUGCUGCCUAUCAUUGACUCCCAGUUUGUUUCUGGGAUUAAUUCAAGGUGGUCACACACAUAUUUAAAGUGCUUAAAGCCCUAAACAAUUUAGGCCCCAAAUAUUUGAAAGGCUGCUUCCUUUCCUACACACCGCCUUGGAGGAAGCCCUUCUGGUAGUUCUGCUGUCCUCAGAAGUUUGUAUUUGUUUGUUUGUGUAUAUCGGGGGGGGGGGUGAAGAUGGCCUUGGAGAGGGCAUUCUCUGUGGCAGCCCCUAAAUUGUGGAAUUCCCUCCCUGCAGUGGUACAUCUGGCACCUUCACACUACAGCUUUGGGCGCAGUCUGAAGAUGCACUUCUUAGGCAUUUGACACAUGAAAAAUGUGUUUUUAGCAACCACCAUAUUCUUGUGACUAUUUGUUUUAACAGUUUUUAAUUCUGAAUUUUUAAUUUUAGCCCAUCCUAGGAUUGUCUGGUGAAGGGAGUGUCAUAAUUUAUUGAUAAUAGAUGGGAUAAAGUGAUAGCAAGGUUGAGGCCUAAACUGACACUCCCACUGAUGUGCCCAUGAGGCCCUGACAUCCCUGCUACUAAGCCCAGUCCAAGUAAUCAGUGGCAGUACUAGUGUUUGGAGGGGAUAUUGACCUCACCACACAUGCUACUAUGGGCUAGCUGAAGAGCCAACUCUGUAUAUAUGGCAUGAAAACUUUGGAUCUAACCAGUUAACGUUAUGUUCUCUUGGUUAUGUUUGAGAGUGAAGGGAAGUUCUAUUACAAUGACUAAAUUGGUUACCACCUUCUCUCCUUUGAAGGAGCUGGUAUUUCUUUAUUUAUUAGAUUUAACUGCAUGGUAGAUAGGAUUACACUUUCUGGUUAACAAUACAAUAUGAACUUGGCAGUGAAUAACUAUAUAAUUUUCAUCCCCAUUUUAUUUUAAGUAGCCUCUGUGCCAGGUAUGUCCAAAGUCUGUUUUGGGGGCCUAAUCUGGCCCACUGAUCAGUUUAAUUCAGUUUAUUUUCUGGGGUAAAACCCUGAAAAAGCUCAACAAGAUCAACCAUAAAAAAAGCUCAAAAACUCAAAAUCCUAAAAAAUGCUCAACAACUUCAAUCCUCAAAAAAGGUCAAUACAGUCAUACCUCGGGUUACAGACGCUCUUCAGGUUCCGUUUUUUCGCGUUACGGACCCACCAAAACCUGGAAGUACCAGAACAGGCUACUUCUGGGUUUCAGUGGUCGUGCAUGCGCAGAAGCGCUAAAUUGCACUAUGCACAGAAGCGCUGAAUCACAACCCGCGCAUGCGCAGAUGUGCCGCUGCAGGUUGCGAACGCUUCGGGUUACGUUCGUAACCCCGAGUGUCCACUGUAACUUUGGUCAGCCCUCACGGCCCUUCACUUCAUCAAAUCUGGUCCUCUUUGAAAAAAGUUUGGACACCACUGCUCUAUGAGCACUAUGCAUAUUAUACUUCAAAUACAUCUUACAGAGAGCACAGUUUUCUUACGUAUUACUAUUAUUUUAAAAUGCUAUACUGCUAAUUUCUAUUGGUGAUUCUUUUUCACCCUCAACCAGACAAAAAGAAGUAUGUUUUCACAAUUUCAGCAAUGUUUAAUAUUUGCUGUUGCCAGUGUGGGCCUAAAUGAAACCAUUUAUGUUCUGAGAACCUGGCUUUUAUCAGAGUUUUGAAACUAUAUCGAAGCAACCGGUCAGUGGCCAAGUAUAAUACUGAAAGUUUGGUGAUUGGUGGCACGGUGGCGGUUUAUUUGUAUGUAUGAGGGGGCUUUGGUUGUCUGCUUUCUUUUGGUUUAGAAUAUGGCAUGAGAGUCAUAAUGGAUCAAAAAAAUAAAAAGGUCAAGAUACUUCAGUACUGUAUUGCUGUAUAUGGUGUCAGUUGAGUUCUUCUGUUGCCUGUGGUUGAGCAAAAGUUGUAAUAGCUUCCACAGUGUAUGGCAAACUGUUGGCUCUGACUACAAACUGGAAAGAAAAGUCAUCUCUUAGUUGUGUGAUUUUUAGUAAACUUGAAUGAGGUAAGAAGGAUAAAGGACGUCUACAUCCACAGGACUCAGGUAUGACUUUCUAGACUCCCAUUUAUUUAUUGUCAAAUUUACCAGUUCAUUGAUUAACGCUUGCAGUCCUAAUAGUGGGUGGGUGGCACCACUUUGCUGUGGUUCCAGUCCUACUUGGGUGGACAUUUCCAGGGGAUGAUGCUUGGGGAGUAUUUUUCAGCCCCAUGGAGCCUUCAGUGUAUUUUCACAUAUAUUUGGAACUACUAAGUGGGGUCCUCUAGAGCUUCAGAGUAUGUUGUCAGCAAUAUGCUGAUGACACACAGUUCUGUUCCUUUACAUCUGCAGGUGUGGCAGUGGAUGUGCUGGACCAUUGUCUUGCCUCUGUAAUGGACUAGAUCAGAUAAGACUGAGGAAUUGUUAGUGGUCUGUCCUAAACAGGAUGGAUGGGAGGUUGCCUGCUCUUGAUGGGGUUACACUCCCUCUGAGCGACCGGGUACAUAGCUUGGUACUUGUGGUUGCAUUUCUGUGACUUGAGGCUCAGGUGGCCUUAGUGGUGUGAAGUGCCUUCCAUCAGCUUUGACUGGUGGUUCAGCUGUGCCCCUACUUGCACAGGGAUUGCCUAACUACUGCUGUCUAUGCUCUUGUAAUCUCUAGGUUAAAUUACAGCAACACGUUGUACACAGAGCUCCCUCUGAAGAUGGUUCAGAAACUUCAGCUGGUGCAGAAUUCGGCAGCCAGGUUGCUUACUGGAGAAAGACAGUUUGAGCAUAUUAUACCAAUCCUGGCCCGACUGCACUGGCUGCCAAUUAGUUUCUGGGCCCAAUUUCAAGUGCUGGUUUUGACCUAUAAAACCUUAAAUGGCUCAGGACUGCAAUACUUCAAGGACCACCUCUUUCCAUAUGAACCUACCCGAACCCUGAGGUCAUCCUCUGAGGCCCUUAUUGUGUGCCUCCAUGAGAGGUCUUGAGGGUGGCAAUACGAGAACGGGCCUUUUCUGCUGUUAUUCCCUGCUUGUGGAAUGCUCUCCCCAGGGAAGUUCACCUGGUGCCUUCAUUAUACACCUUCAGCUGCUAGGUGAAACAUUCCUCUUCAAUCAGGCCUUUGGCUGAUUAACAUCUGAUGCUCUUUUAAAUGUGUUGUGGGAGAGGAGAUUAUUAGUUUGUUCUUACUUUUUACUAUGUGUUUUGUGGUUUUCAUAUUGUGAUUUUAUGUUGUGAACCACUCUGGGAUCUACAGCUCAAAGGCAGUAUACAGAUUUUAAUAAUACUAAUAGUUACUCCUAAUUCUUUCACCUAGUUAGCAGAUUUGAUUAACAUGGGUUGAUAAUGUACAUGUUCUUGACUGCAAGAUGAAAGUAAGCAUGGACAACUAAUCUUGCACAUUGCUGUUAUCUAAAAACUGUAGCAAUUCCUUCUGUCAAUAACUGGUCAAAGCCAACAAUGUGUAGCUUACAGUGUUUUACUGGUUGGAGUUGUACAUCUGUUCUGCUGAUUUUAAGUAGGCAACUUCAAUGUAUAACUAAGUGUGUAAUGGCAAGAGCUGGACAGAAGCAUCUUUAGUUAGCCUUCUAUAUUUAGGAGGUGAUCAGGUCUUGCUCUUCAUCCAGGUGAAGAUUUUAUGAACUAAUAGUUGUAUUAUCUGAUCAACACCUUGUGUUGCAUUCUGUGGCAUGCCUAUAACACCAGCUGUGAUUUAAAGAAAGGGUGGGAGAGAGAUGUUUGUUUGCCAGAACUAUUUUUCUUUUCUAUUAACAAAGAAACUCUUGAUUCAGAAAUACUGUUGAUUUAAAGCGUUUCACACCAAUUGUUGCCUUGGAUCCCAAGAAGUUCCACUAGAAGGGGAUUGCCAGAAGAUGACUCUUUCCUCCUUUGGCAUCUCCCCAAACACUUCAGAAAGCUUCUGGGGGUGAGGGUGAGUUGGGGCUAAAAACAGAGGUCACUGAAAAGCUGGGUGGAGACAACUUCCAUUUAUGUCCAUAUCAUUAGCUGAGAGAAUGUGAUAGUUUUUAGGUGUUGUUAGCAUGCUUUAAAUGAUACUAAUAUGUUUUCUACUCUGGGCUCUUUUGGGAGGAACAACAAGAUAAAAACUGAUUAAACAAUAUGUCUAAUAGAACUUAGGAAGCCUGCAGGUGAGGCGAGGGGUGUGUAUUUGUGUGUGUGUGUGUGUGUGUGUGUGUGUGUGUUUAGUUCUGCUUUGCUCAUUGCUCUGAUAACCAAAAUCAGUUAGAUUUUACAUAUGAAGCAAUGAAUAGGAAACCCAUUUAUGCCAUAGUAAUUUGCCAUAGGGGAAGCACAAAUGUUAUAUUUGGAAAGAUUAUUCAUUCGUUUAAAUUCCAAAUAAUCAUUAACUUGUUAAGUCAACAUGGAACAGAACUGUUAAUUUACUCGUUUCCUUUAUUUUUCAGAGUUUACUUUGUAGAGCUGAAGGAAUGGGAUCAAGUUCAGCUAAACUCCGAGGUGGCUCUCUCUUUAUGAAUGUUGGAAAACUAGUAAAACAGGAAUCUGAUGUGGGGCAAGCACCUCACGUGAACAUUAAUCCCUUCACUCCAGACUCUCUCUUCCUUCAGUCAUCAGUUGGGCAGUGUCGCAGGAGAAAGAGAACACACUGGAAUGAGUAAGUGUCUAGAGCUGGUCAUUGAUAAACUGCUUAAGAAAUAAACUUUUGAUAGCAAUCCUGUCAAUGAAGGGAUUGUACUUAACUAUCCUUAUUUUCAAGUGAAUAAUUGGGUAUAGAGUUAGGGAGGCUUUAAGAACACAAGUGGUUAAAAUUGUACAGCAGAACUUGUAACAUUGCCUAACGUGAGAUAUUAGUUUGUAAAUCUUGAGGUGAAACUAGAGAUUGCUAAACAUGGGCUGCAAAUAUAGCUCUUUCUCUGCUGAUGUUAUAUUCAGUUUCUUCAUCUCCAUUCUACACAUUUGGUUGUUGCUACAGUGGGGCCCAGGGAAACAUGGGUAAAUUCUGACAGCUUCACCUUUAGCAUGAGGUCUAAUUUGAGCCUAAACGUAACCUUUUACAUACCUGUUCUGCUUCCCUUUUUUUAGGAGUCUGACUCCUAGCAGUCUCUCUUCCCUGCAUUUGACACAAACACACAUCUUACUGCGGUGAGAUGUUGGCACAGCACAAUAUUAAUUGACAUAAUCUAUUCAAACAAUCCUUCUGUCACAUCACCUCAAUGCAGCACAGCUUCCCUCAUGACUUUUUGUACACACACCCUCUUCUACAUUGUCCCUACUAUUGGCAUGGGUGAAAAAAGAUGUCUGGAAGUGGUCUGGUAGCUAUAGCUUUGCACAGUUCAUGAAUUUGAUUAAAUUGCUUGGAAAGCAAAAUGUAACUUAUCGAUGUAACUUAUCGAUGAAAGUGAAGGUUUCAUAGCAUUUAUUUUACUUAUUGUUUGUGUCACAGCUCCUAUGGUGAAGAUAUGGAAGCAAGUGAUGGAGAGCCUGAAGAUGAAACUACGAGACCUGCCAAGGUAAAUAAAAAUAAAAAACAAUCCCCAUUUAUUCCUAAGUAAGCAUUUUUAAAGUUCCAUUGAAAUCCAUAGGAUUAACCUUUUAAGAAGCCCUUUUCCUCAAACUUGUUUGUCUCAAUCCUUUUAGCGGAUCAGCAUAACAGAAAGUAAUAUGAAAUCACGAUAUGCAACAGAAUUUCAUGAAUUGGAAAAGAUUGGAUCUGGAGAAUUUGGUUCAGUAUUCAAAUGUGUGAAAAGGCUUGAUGGUUGCAUCUAUGCAAUAAAGCGUUCUAAGAAACCCUUGGCUGGCUCAAUUGAUGAGUGAGUAAAAAAUUAAAUGUAAACUAUCCUAUGUCCUUGUAUUUCACUCCUCUGCACAUACUCAUUUUUAAAAUAAUCCCAUCAAGGCAUGUAAGGAUUUGUUCACGUAUUGUCUUUGCAGCUACAAUACUGAAAUGUUUAUAGUUGCAAAACUAUCAUUCAUUCACCUGUACAUAACAAACACAGCACCCCUAUGCCAUAGUUCAUACCUCUUCCAACUCAAAAAACUUAACUGCUCUUGUAAUGUGACCAGCAUUCUAUGCUUGCUUCCUUAAACCAGUUUCAAGCUUUAUUUAAUUUGUUUUAAUACCACAGGCAAAAUGCUCUUAGAGAAGUCUAUGCUCAUGCAGUUUUGGGACAGCAUUCACAUGUAGUCAGAUAUUUCUCUGCUUGGGCAGAAGAUGAUCAUAUGCUUAUACAGAAUGAGUAUUGUAAUGGUAAGUAAAGCUCCUAUUGAAUUUACCUUACUAUGAAUUCUGGUUAUUAAGGGAACAUAGUUGUAGUAAGAUGCUAAACUUGUCUGGGAAAGGGGAGGGAGAUCUGCUGACUUAUUUGCCAACAAAGUCAAUGGUGCACUUGCUAAGUCCUUUUUCUUUCAAUGGAAUUUAAGCAUGUGUAAUGGGGUACAGGAUUGCAGCCAUUGGCUUGGACCCAGCCAGGUAUGUCUUACAUGAGCAGAAAGGCAUUUGUGCUUGUAGAAGACAACCUAGCAAAUUUUCUUGAUUGCUCCAUCCUGCUGAAGCCCCCCAUGCCCCAUCACACACUGUUCUGGAGGGUCAUUCACCUUUUAAGAAGUGGCUUUUGUGGUGUGUGCAAGAGGCAGAAGUGGGGAUUGGAGCCUAGUUUGUACAAGCAGUGCUCUGUUCAUCUUAGUCUCUGAAUCAGUAGCAUUUUAUAUUAAUGUUAAACACAUGUGGUUACAGUUAGGAUAAAGCAAGUAGAAGUAAAAGAUCAGAUGAAUUUUAGACAAUUUAUGAUACAACAAAAUUCAAAUAAUUUGUGAGCUUCUUAAAUAGGCAGGAAGUGAAUGUUCUUACAAACAUUUCAGCUGAUUAACUAGACUUGCUUCCUGAGUCAUAAAUUGGGGAUCUUCGUUCCAAGAAAAAAUUCAAUACCCAGUCUAGAAUAUUUCAGAACAAAAAUAUAAAUAAUCAGGUUUGCUUAAUAUGUGGUUGUACUUAUAUAGCUUUACUCGUGUAUCUUUUUUAGAGUCUCUUUUCUUUUGUCUGUUAUUGUCCCUUAACCCUAGACUAGACCUCUCGAACAUGUGGCCCAGGGAAUUGGAUAGAACCCCUACAGCCUACUAGCUCCUUGACAAUGCAGUGCCUUCCAGAUGUUUUUGGGACUACAAUUCCUGUCAUCAUUGGCCACAGUGGCUGGGGUUGAUGGAAUUUGUAACCCAACAACAUCUGGAAGAUACCAUGUUGGCUAUAUGUGCCUUACAUUAUUGUUGCAAGAACUAUAUCUAGGUAAUACAUGUUAAGUGCUUUGAGCACUUUAAAAGUGUUAUACAAAUGCUAAGCAUUGUUAAACACAGCAUGCAUUGGCCUUAGAACCAAGGUAGCAAUAUGGUGCCCUCCAAAUGUUGCAAGACUAUAGCUCCCAUCAUUCCAUACCAUUAGAUGUGCUGGCUGGGCCUGAUGAGAGUCCAAAAUGUCCUGAGGGCACCACCUUGGCUACCUCUGGCCUACAAGAAAAUGAAUUUUCUACUUUUACAUUAUUUAAUUUUGCUUCUAGGUGGAAGUUUAGCUGAUGCUAUAAGUGAAAACUAUAGAAGUAUGCGCUAUUUCAGUGAACCAGAAUUAAAAGAUUUGCUUCUACAAGUUGCCCGUGGUUUAAAGUAUAUCCAUUCAAUGUCCUUGGUGCACAUGGAUAUAAAGCCCAGUAAGUAUUCAGAGAUCUGGUAUUUCCUGCAUUGAAAGUGUUUUUAGAGAUGAUUGAAUAUGUGGUAGUAAAAUAACCAGUGAACCACACCUUAGUAACGGAAACUUUUUCAUUCUGAAUACAGAAAACAAUGAAAGAAAUCAGUUUUGAAACAUACAGCUGGCCAACUGCUGUUCAGUUUAUUUUGGAUCUCUUUUUUUUGUUAGAUUAUGCUUGUUUGCUGGCUGUCCUGAAAUUUGGCUUCUUUCCCAGAAGGCUGUUGGGUUAAUUAUUCAAAGAAGCCAGCAGAUGGUGCAAAUUCUGAAACUAGAUUAUAUUUUGACGAAUGUCUAUUUUUAUUCCUUGGCAGGUAAUAUCUUCAUAUCUAGGACUUCAAUUCCAACUACUAUAUCUGAAGAAGGCGAUGAUGAUGAAUGGACAUCUAGCAGGGUUGUUUUCAAAAUAGGUAGGGGAGCAUGGAGUUACAUUUUCCUGUGCAACCUUUAAUUGUUUUUGCUUUUGAGAAAAUAACCCUUCUUCCCAUUCUUCUUUAAUGUAGGUGACCUUGGUCAUGUAACUAGAAUAUCUAGUCCACAAGUAGAAGAAGGAGAUAGUCGUUUCCUGGCCAAUGAAGUUUUACAAGAGGUAAACAGUGUUUUGCUAAUGGGAGUUAAAUAAUUAAUUGUAUCUUACUGAUGACUAGGGUUUGGGUCCUCUGAUUAUGAAUGGAAGGAUCCUCCCUUCAUUGAAGGAGAGUUACAUUCACAGGAGGGCCCCUUCUGAAAGCAGAACUCUUUAUUAAUAGUCACUUCUUUCCAGCAAGGUGAACGCAUAGUGACUUAAACGAACAUAGUAAAAGCAUGAACAAAGUGAAAACUUAGGAUCUAUGCCUUGAUAUAUUGUUCUGGUGGAAUUUUGUAAACUUUUAUUUCCUUUGCAGAACUACAAUUACUUGCCAAAAGCAGAUAUUUUUGCUCUUGCAUUAACUGUGGUGUGUGCUGCUGGUGCCGAACCACUGCCAGCCAAUGGGGAUCACUGGCAUGAAAUUCGACAAGGAAAACUCCCUAGAAUUCCACAAGUCCUUUGUCAAGAGCUAUUAGAGUUACUGAAGGUAAGAAGGUGAUCUGUGUUCCUGGCAUCAUGCUACAUGUUCUUUAAGGGAAGGGUGGUCAGCCUUAAUUUUCGUCUCUUUCCUCUUUCAGCUUAUGAUAAACCCUGAUCCAGAGAAAAGACCCUCAGCAGUAGCUCUAGUCAAGCAUUCUGCAUUGUUAUCUACUGCCAGAAAAAGUGCUGAGCAACUACGAAUAGAACUGAAUGCUGAAAAAUUCAAAAACUCUUUGUUGCAGAAGUAAGUUGAAUCCAUACUGUGGCAACUUCAGUGUCAGAAAUCUAGGAAAUAAUAUUAAGAGCCAAGUAGCAGAAGACUCUGUUCCUUGUUACAAAAAAGAAAACCUAGACUUUAUUAUGUAACCUCUUAAUUUAACUCCAGACAUAAGCAACAAAAUAAAACAUUUUGCAACUUCUCUUGAAGCACAUUGAACGUAGCACCAGUGAUUUGAAGUACAGCAGACACCAUAUUUUUUGCUUUAGGUAUUGUUUAACAAGAUACCAACACUGAAUGGAAGCUGCUUGAAACUCUGGUUCUUACAGUGUUUACUUUGAUUUGGUAAAGACUGCUUCUAAGUACUCGGGGGCAGGGGGGAAGGAAACAGGUUCAUAUAGUAACAUCUACCAUGAGGAGAGCUUUGCGUUCCCAAAGAGGAGAAAGUAUGUACAUCUCUGAAUGGGAAGGAUAUGUGCAAAUUCUCCCUUUGUAUGAGACCAUGCAAAGCGUUCAGAUGAUAUGCAAGUCACAUUAGCUAUGUGGUCCCUAGUUUAUUACUAUACCAGAAAGGUGUGGUUCAGUGGUGCUGACGGAAUACCUGUCUUGGCAAACAAUUGCUGAAAACCUUUUUACUGGGUUUUUUGAAGGGGAGAACAGAGGUUUUUUUGACAGCAUAUUUGCCCUGAAAGCUUCAACUGGUGGACAUUUUUAGUAAUCCUAGUUGCAACUUCCUCGGCAUUGUGUCCAUGUGUGUCCCUGUGCAUCCACGCAGCAACAGUUGAUGCAGUUACAAACUAUUGGGUGACACCACAGUAUUAAUAUUGAACUUGACCAGAAUUAGUCUGUGAGGUGACAAAACAUGCCAGUAACAAAAAGUGGACGUUGUGAAGUUUGACGAGGACUAGGGGAAUUUUAUGUAUUACAUAUGCCUAAUAAAUACAGCUACUAGGUCUCAGCUUUUGGUUCUACAAAGUGGAGGUCAAAAUGCAAGGUAUUCUCUUCCCUCCCUUUAAAGGGAAAACACAUAAGUAUAUUUACAGGAUGGUGAAGAGAGCAUAACAUCAAAUGUGUGCUCUCUCUUGAAACAUUCUACCAUUCAAGCAAAAUCAGAGUUCAGGAAAUGACUGUUACCUAGUUAACUUGGGGGAAAGGUACUAAUGGAGGAUGAGAUUGCAGAGAAAUGGAAUGAAUUCUUUUUAUCUGCUUUCGUUGUGAAAGAUGUGAUAGAGGUGGGGAGAAAGUGGAUAGGAAGUAGUUUUCUCCCACUUAAUACUUGAACCCAGGGUCAGCAGAUGAAUUUUAUAUCAAUAAAAUAUCAGAAUUCCUUGCUCCAGCAUGCAUUUUAAGGUCGUGUUUGGUUUUAUGAUAAAUUUUUAUUGUCCAAUUUUCUGUGAAUUAAUUUUUUUAUGUACGCCACUUAGAAAUGUGGGGACACUAGAAUGGAAAGCUGGACUAGAUAGGCCUUUGGUCUGAUCCAGCAGUGCUGCUGCAGUGUAUUCUUGUAGAAAGCUCUGUGUGAUUCUGCUAAUAGUGUUGGUAGACGAGAAAAAAAGUUACAGUAAAAUGUUUGCACCCUGAAUUACUGUUCUUGUCUCUUUAGAAUGAUUUUGGAUGAAAGUUAUUUGGUGGCAAAAUGACUUUUUUUCUAUCUUCCAGGGAACUUAAGAAAGCACAAAUGGCAAAAGCAGCAGCAGAAGAGCGAGCUCAAAUUACAGAUCGAAUGACAACUAGAUCUACAGCACAGACUAGAACAACUCGUCUUAAUGGAAAGAAAAUGAACCGUUCAGUUAGCCUGACAAUAUAUUGAAUUGGCCGUUCCAGAAAGCUUUCAAGAAGAUUGUGGGAUAUUCCUGGACUAGUUUAGGAGAGGAAGAGGAUUCUGUUUCUUUAAAUCACUGUCAUUGGUGUUAUAAAGAAGUCUUUUACAAUUUUAGUUUUGCCAAAUGCAGUUAAAUAACUGUAGGAUCCAGGCUUCCUAUGAGUGGCACUCUGCUCAUUGAGGUCUCUCACCACAGGAAGGAGCAAAUGUGAUUUUUCACCAACCCUCCCUCCCUGCAGCUCCUGAAAAUCUGCUUCAGAGGAUAUAGGGACCCUCCAGAAAAUGGUGGGAGGUGGUGUGGGAGCUGUGGGUGGAAUUGGAGAAAAUUGCUGCUUUUGUCCAGCAGAAGCCUCCAAUGGGUAUCAGGCUUUUCUGUGAAUGGAAGAAACUCUUCUGUUGCAGAAUGUCAAGUCUGGAUCUGACCCUAUGUGUCCUCCUGCUCCUUAAAGAAACCAGGACGCUAACUUUCAAGCCUUUUAGUUACACUGAAUAGUAUACCAUCCAGAGUUAACCACUAUAGUGGUUUGCUGCUUCUCAUUCUUAAUGCAUUUCAGGGGAAAGAUCUUUUCCUAGUAGUCUAAUGGGCUUUUUUGAGUAAACUACUCUAUUUGGAAUGGAGGGAAAAAAUGACAUGGGGAGAGGCCAAAGGCCAACAGGCUGAACCAUACCUGGUGUCAGGUAAACUAUUGUGAAUUUUACUUGUGUAUUCAACUGGGAGCACUUUGUUAGGCAUUGCGUAGACCACAGGAAAAAGCCUGUGGAAACAUGCCAUGUGAAACUGCUGCUAUUUUUAGUUUGUAUUUGCUGUAAAACUGUAGCAUUAAAACAAUCAUUGUGUUAGUGGGCUUUUAAAAAAAUUAUGUGAAAAAUAUCAAAGCUGCCCUGCUGAAAGCAGCUUCAUUCUCUGAAGCUAGUGUAUUGUGUACAGAGUCAGUGCACCAAUUUUAUAUUUGAAUUACAUUAUUAGUGUAAAUGUUUGUUUGUCAUUCUUUCUAAUAAAGUUCUCCAAAAGUUAAUUCCUCCCCUUCACCUCAUCUUCCCUUUAUGUGUUAAUAUUUCAGUGUACCUGUUGGCAUAUUUUUAGAACUUGUACAUAAGUAUACUGUUACCAUUUUCAAACUGAAUGUAUAAAAGUGUUAUAGUGUACGAUACUGAAAGCUGUAGUUUGAGACACCAGAAGCUCCAGCUAAAAUCUAUUUCAAUUUUAGUUGCAAAAUUAAUAUAAUUGGCCCUCCUAAUGAUCUGUUCUGAUAUUGCCAAAAUAGAUGUUACCAAUUACAGGCUUUUUGGCUUAAACCAACGUUUUCUAUAUGAAUGUUUAACUUUGUUCUUAAUUAGUAUUGAAUCAGAUUAUUAAAGUGACAUUUUGAAAU